GGUGGAUAGCAACAGCGCUAGUCUGUUGGCCUUUUAAGGUCUGCGUUGUUUUUUUUUUCUGCUUUCCUUCACACGCUAGCUCCAUGUUGUCAUGGCCAUGUUCUCUUGUGGGCUGCCCGUCGUGCUAAUGAUGUUAAUUGCUCUGGUAGAGAUCCUGAGAGACAAUUCACUAAGAGAGGGAGGUCAGGUAUUUCUAAUAAUGUAAGGUCCUCUCUUGCACUUCCUUCAGAAAGGAAUUCGAUACAAGAGCCAAGGCUACCGGACUGUGCCUCCAUUCCUAUGCUUGCGUGUCUUGUUCCAAAGUUCUCAAUUCCUUUUGACGUAACACCGUUUCUUCGUCUCAUUGUGAUGUGAGCUUAGACUAGAGAAAGGAAGGGCUAUUCCUUGUUGGAUAGCAAAAGUUUGGAGUUUCAUUCACUUUUGAAUGGACUGCAUGGAACAAGAUUGCAGCUUGAUACUUGUGGGGUUUUCUUUCCCUUUUGGCUGUGAGAUUCUGCAUGAAAUUCUGAGAAGAAAAGCCGACUUUUUUUUUCUUUCACUAUGCCAGUAUUUUUUGCCUAUUUCAUUUUGAGGAUCAUGUUGUUUAGCUAAUAUAAUCGUUCUCCUAUUUGUAAUUUGACUUUACAUCCUGUUGGGUUUACGCAAUAACAAUGCUGCUCAGAUUAUUUCAAGCUUUUGACAGUAUUAAGGAUGCAUAAAUUACAUGCUAACUUGUUUUCCCAGUACCUGAUGCCAUUAUGCAUAGAAAGUUUCAAGAUCAACCACUUCAAUAAUUCAUCUUUUAUCAUAGUUAGGCAAAGGAAUGAAAAUUUUGCUUUAGGGAACUUCAUUAUGAAAAUUUCUAUCAUAUUAUUGCUGAUUUGUGGUGGCACUUGUCAUGCAGAGCAAGCAUUUCCUUUUCCAUUACCAGUUGACCGAGUUGCAAGAUUUUCCUUAUCUGCAAAGCGUUCGGCAUCUCGGCUUGUCCAGUCGACUGAUCGCACCGGUUUUAGAAGUGAUGACAUCCAUGCAGCCAAUGAACAUGCACAUGAUCUCAUGAGGUCCACAUCUGAUCUUCAGGAAGUUGUGUUUUCCUCUUUUGGGAAAGCAUGUCUUUUCAGUAGUUGCAUCAUAUAUGUUCUGCCUCCUGCUUGUUUAGCAGAACCAUGUGAGCAAGAGUACUCUCUCCCUAACAUGCCUUUGCUGUUUGCAAUAGCCAUGGUUGGUGCUACUGUUGGAGGGCUCCUUGCAAGACAGAGGAGAGGGGAGCUUGCACGGCUGAAUGAUCAGUUACGUCAGAUAAAUGCUGCACUGAGAAGACAAGCCAAGAUUGAAUCUUACGCUCCUGCUUUGAGCUAUGCCCCGGUUGGUAGUAAGAUACCAGAAUCAGAAGUUAUUGUUGAUCCUCAGAAAGAGCGCCUGAUUGCAUAUCUCAGGACUGGGAAGAACUACCUGAGAAACCAAACUCCUGACAAGGCAUUUCCUGAGUUUAAGGCAGCUCUUGAUCUUGCACAAGCUUUAGGUGAUCAUGUUGAAGAGAAGAAAGCAGCUCGAGGAUUAGGAGCAUCAUUGCAGAGACAAGGCAAGUACAAGGAAGCCAUAAAGUAUCACUCCAUGGUCCUUAACAUCUCUAAGAUGACCGGAGAGGAUGCGGGUGUCACUGAAGCAUAUGGAGCAAUAGCAGACUGCUACACCGAGCUUGGUGAGCUUGAGAAGGCUGGCGAGUUCUAUGACAAAUACAUUGCAAGGUUGGAGAGUGACUGAAAAUAGGAGCACCGGUCGGAAAAUAUGUGAGAGCAUAGACAAGUCUAAUCGGAUUUCUACCCGUUUUCGCUUGUCAUGUAGUGUAUUGUAGAUUUGCAGUUCCCAGCUGGAACUGAGGUUUGUUAUCACCAUGCAAGUUCUUUUUGGCGGGAUUAUAAGCACUAAUCAUUGGUAUGAGUUCCAAAGCUAUAAAACAAAUUCAAAGCAUGUGUGAUGAUAAUGUCUAA